UUCAGGAAUCGAGCAGCUGAUCCCUUGUGAACGUGUUUUGUUCUCCGAGUGCCGCACGAGCUCCGUUAUUUUCAGUAUGUCAGUCAGACGGCUAGUGUCAGUGUUCGUCCUGAUGUUCGUGACUGAAGCUCUCUCUGAACAGCAACACAAUGAAGUCCUGAAACACACUUCAAACACACAGAAUGAAGUGACGUUCACCUCCAGCAACAAGAGUGAUCCUUCACAGGAGCCUCAUUUACAAGGGUUGUCUGGUGGUUGUCAGGUGAACCAGAUUCAAACGGAAGGUCAGAAUUGUUCCUGUGCUGUGGGAUACAGUCAGGGGGAGACAGACGAGUGCGAGGAUAUUGAUGAGUGUCGCCAAGGCGACCCUGGACCAUGUGGUUCCCAUGCCAACUGCACAAAUACACCUGGCUCCUACCUGUGCAGCUGUCUCCGUGGUUACCUGAUGAGUACAGAGGGGUGUCAAGAUAUAGAUGAGUGUUUGUUAGCUGCAUUAACAGGUCUGCAGGCGUGUGGCAGGGCAGCGCAGUGUACAAACACACCUGGAUCUUUCACCUGUUCAUGUCCAACGGGAUAUGUGCUGGCGCUGGACGGACAUCACUGUGUCGAUAUGGACGAGUGUAAUUUUGAGGAGAGCUGCCGUAGAGAGGUCGGUAAUGUGUGUGUGAACACUGACGGGAGUUACAAGUGUGUGUGUCAACACGGAUUCAGAGAGGACCGAGCAGGUUGUGUAGAUGUUGAUGAGUGUGUAGCGUCGGAGGGUGUGUGUGUCGGUCGAGGGGCGUGUGAGAACACACUGGGCAGUUACAGGUGUGUGUGUCAGCGAGGUUACUAUGGGAACGGCUCCUACUGCACAGAUAUAAAUGAGUGUUUGUCGGCGGAUCACGGUUGUGAUGGGAACGCUCUCUGUGGGAAUAUAAUCGGCUCAUAUUUCUGUCAGUGUCGUCAGGGCUACAGCGGAGACGGACACGCCUGUUACGAUGUGGACGAGUGUGGUCAGGAUAAUGGACUUUGUGAACACAACUGCACAAACCAGCCGGGAACAUACAGCUGCACCUGUCAUACAGGAUACACUUUAACACGAGACCUACACAACUGCACAGAUGUGAAUGAGUGUGUGAGCAGUGACACAUGUGAACAGACCUGCACAAACACACCUGGCUCAUUUCUCUGCUCCUGUCGUCACGGAUACCAGCUGCACAUUGAUGGACACAGCUGUGUGGACAUAGAUGAGUGUAAAUUACAGAACGGCGGCUGUUCUCAUGACUGCACUAAUACUCCAGGAGGUCACGAGUGUCACUGUCCGAUCCCUCUGCUGCUGGACCACCGGAACUCUACUUGUGUCAAUGUGACAUCAUGUGUGCUGAGGAAUGGAGGGUGUGGUCAUAUUUGCUCAUUAGGAGCGGAGGGGCGUGUCCAGUGCAGCUGCAAAGCAGGAUGGGAGUUGAGCACUGACCAAAGAACUUGCAUCGAUGUGGACGAGUGUGUGAGUUUUAACGGAGGUUGCGAGCAGGUGUGUGUGAAUUAUGCCGGUGGUUUUAACUGCAGCUGUCGGUCUGGCUUUGAAUCACGUAAAGAUGACCCCACAAAAUGCCAACCGGUUUGUGAGCCUGUCUGUCAGAAUAAUGGUGUGUGUGUCGCUCCGAACACCUGCGAUUGCCCGCCUGGUUACCCUGGACCAGGAUGCUCAGCCAUGUGUUCUCCACCAUGUGCUCACGGAGGUUCUUGUAUGAGGUGGAACAUCUGUCUGUGUCCGACGGGUUGGACGGGAGAGGGCUGCCACACAGCUGUGUGUGAGUUGCCGUGUGGUAAUGGUGGACGGUGUGUGGCUCCAAACACCUGCCAGUGUCCCUCGGACUACACCGGAUCACAGUGUCUCACUCCUCUCUGCUCUCCUCCAUGUGUGAAUGGUGGCAGGUGUGUUGAUGUCAACACCUGCAGCUGCUUAGAUGGCUGGCAAGGAGCUCGCUGUCAGAUAGAACCCGUCAGAUGUGUGCCGGCGUGUAGAAAUGCUGGUGUGUGUGUUGGGCUGAACAGAUGUCAGUGUGUGAACGGAUUCACUGGAAACAUCUGUGAGACAGCUAUCACUACACCAUGUGUUCCUCCAUGCCAGCAUGGUGCCACCUGUGGCCCACAAAACACCUGUGUGUGUGUGAAGGGGACCAGCGGCAUACGUUGUGAGAAACUCACGUGUCCUGUCGUGACUACAGUCGUCAGCAUGGCUCGUGCUGUGCGUAAAGGGUUCAGAGAGAGUUUCGUAGACCGCUGUGGACCGCUGGGAGUCCAGCUCUGUACUAAGUACAGGAUAAACCAGGCGCGUGUGUAUCUGCAGGCUUACAGAGUGGGAUACAAGAUCCAGUGUCCAGAGCAAACAGGAAGAUAACAGGACAAUAACAUCAAUACACAACACACUCACGGCGGCGUGUGCAUAUUAUAUUAUUCUGUAUAUUUGUUUUUGCAUGUUGGGUAUGUGUAUUUUUUCAAACUAAUAGAUAUUUUAUGUGAACAUUUUUUUUUUUUUAUUCUUGAGCAAAUAGUUUUCCUACAAAUGAAUGUCCUCAUAUGUGGACAGCGGGACUAAGUUGUGAAAUUUUAAAUAAUAUCAAACUAUAGAAAAUCAGAUUUGUUUUAAUCAAAUUCUUUAUUAUGUGCCCAGAAGUGUUGUUGAUUCAUGUUACAGGUAUGACAUCAUAAAUUAGCAUAAUUAAUUCAGAUUGAAAGUAAUGUACUGCAUCGUCCAAUCACUGUCAAUCAUGUUCAAAUAAAAUGAUCCAUUAUAA